UGCAGCGGUAGCGCGAGGCCAGUAAGAGGCGGCCUCGGUCGCGUCCCUCCCCUUUUCCCGGCCCGACGCGCGGGAUCGCGGCGGCAGCGGCAGAUUCCGGGAUUUUCUCUCCCCGGCCGGGCCUUGUCCGGGUCGCCGGGGGCUGCCGGGCGGAGCUCCAGGAUGUGGAAGCUGGUGCCCGCCUCGGGAAAAGGAGAGCCCUAUCGGCUUUUAAGCGGUGUAGAAUAUGUUGUUGGACGCAGGAACUGCACAAUUUUAAUUCAGGAUGAUCAGUCUAUCAGCCGAAGUCACGCAGUUCUGACCGUAAGUCGGCCUGAAGUAAGCCCUAGUCAGUCUCUCACAGUACCUGUAUUAACAGUAAGAGAUACAUCCAAGUAUGGCACUUUUGUUAAUGGAUCAAAACUCAAUGGUGCUUCAGUGUCUUUGCAGUCUGGUGACAGAAUCAACUUUGGAGUCUUUGAGAGCAAGUUUAGAGUGGAAUAUGAACCUUUGGUUGUCUGCUCCUCAUGUUUAGAUGUAGCUCAGAAAAAUGCCUUAAAUCACGCCAUCCAGCAGCUUGGAGGCCUUGUAGUGAAUGAAUGGACAAUAGAAUGUACCCACCUUGUAAUGGUAUCAGUAAAAGUUACUGUUAAGACUAUAUGUGCUUUGAUUUGUGCUCGACCAAUUAUAAAACCAGAGUUUUUUUCUGAAUUAAUAAGAGCUGUUCAGUCCAGGCAACAGUUGCCAAAUCAUGUAAGUUUUUAUCCUCCAGUUGAUGAGCCUUCCAUUGGCAGUGAGAACUUGGAUUUAUCUGAGCAUCAUGAAAGGAAAAAAAUAUUCAAUGGAAAAACUUUUGUAUUUCUAACUGCCAAGCAGCACAAGAAACUGGGUCCAGCAGUUGUUCUUGGAGGAGGGGAAGUAAAGUUGAUGACAGAAGGAAGAAAAGAAAUGCCUUUACUACUUUCUCCUGAAGUUUGUGUAGUUGAUGUGGGUUUGGCUAACUCUCAGAUGUCAGGAUUCGACUCUAUGACAAACUGGACUGAUUCCAUUCUGACUGACUUGGAAAGCAAGAAUCUUAGGACUAUUCCAGAGGCAGAAAUUGGAUUGGCAGUUAUCUUCAUGUCUACAGAAAAGUACUGCAACCCUCAAAAGCAGCCUGCUUCCAAAGCUGCACCUGAAAGUUCUGCAUCAGCUGUCGCAGGCCGAGCGAUUUCCCAGAAUCUGGCUGUGGAUGAAACCAUAAUGCCAACUGCUGCAGAUAGUAGCACCUUAUACAUAGCUGAUACAGAAGAGCAGACAUGUAUGGAGAUAGAGAAUACUUCCCAGGUGCAUAGACAAAGGAAAAUGGCUUUCCAGGAUACAACUGGAAAGAAAAGCAGUGGCGUAAGUGGCAGUGUAAAUGCAGGAACAUCGAUACCUAGAGGGAACAGAACAUCUGGAUUCAGUCAAAGAAGUCAGCCUGUCUCACCAUCUAAAAUUCCAGAAGCUGGCAAACCUCGUGAGAGUGCUUCAUGUCAUCCAAACUCAAUUACAAAUUACUUCCCGAUUUCCAGAAAAAGGGAAAGAGCUGAAGAAGAAGAAACAUCUGUACCCAAAAUAGCAAAAUUGGAGGAAAGGUCAUCACCUCUUCCCAAGAGCACUGAAUCUACAACUUCAUUGAUCUGCAAUAGUGAAGCAAAACAGCAUCAAAAGAAAAAUAACAUCCUUGACCCAAAUUCAAAUUUUGCAGAAGACAUGGGUAUGAAGCCUAUGAGGGAAAGUGUCAAACUAACAAGUGAUAGAACAGACACUAAAACCACUUCUAGAGAAAAUCAUGCACCAAAAAAGAGAAAGGAAUUAGAUGAUUUAUCUGAAGAUACAGAAGCACUAGAAAUUGUGUUUGGAAGUGGAGACAUAGACUGGGAAGAUCAAAUGGCAGAUCAUGACCAGGAAGCUCAAAGAAGUAAACGAAAAAAGCGAUGUUUGGAAGCCAAAGGAAGUGGGAUUCCAGAAGUGACUGUGAAUCAGCAAGAGGAGAAUAAAGUAUUGAUAGAAGAGGAACUUGGAUCAGUUCUAACUUCAGAAAUGAAAACUAAUAUCAAGCAGGAGUCUUCAGUCUUGAACCACAGCAAACUGCAAGAUGACUGCAGCAAUAUUCCUAGCAGGCUUCUCUUGACAGAGUUUAGGUCACUGGUUGUCAGCCAUCCAAGACAGAACAGUCAUCUCCCUGGAAAUAACAGCUAUGGGGGAAAGAAAAAUUUCAAAAUGUUCAAAAAGGUAGCUUACCCUGGGGCAGGACAACUUCCACACAUUAUUGGAGGAUCAGAUUUGAUUGCUCACCAUGCUAAAAAGAAUUCAGAGCUAGAAGACUGGUUAAGGCAAGAAAUGGAGGAACAGAACCGACAUGCAAGAGAAGAAUCACUUGCUGAUGAUCUCUUUAGAUAUGAUCCUAAUGUGAAAAGAAGAAGAUAAAUUGUGACCUGGUUUUACAGUGUUUCUCUGGCAAAACCUGCUUUCUGUUCCUUAGGUUUCCUGGUUACAGUGUGUAUGAUGUACCUAUAUGUGACCAUUUGAAUAUCUCUUAUUGUAAGACAUGUUUUCUAAGUCUUGUUUUAUUAAAGAAAAGGUUCCUUUCACUGUUUGGUACUUACAGAUUGCACCAUUGUCAAGACCUUCCCAUUAGUUACUUCAGAGUAAUGCUCAGUAAAAUACUAUAGAUACUUAAGAUUUCAUUUUAGGCUGUUUCUAAUGUUUGGUUAUCAGUACUGGGAAAAAAAGAAGUUAGCAUCAGGCUAUUUUUUCGUUUUUUAGAAAGGCUUUGUUAAUUAGGCAUUUUCAAAGGUAUUAUCUUAAGAAUUAAAAAUCUAUUGAGGCUGAGAUGCAACUGGUAUUUGAUCAUGAUAUGAUAUGGUUGAUAAGAUAUGAUCAUUAUAUGAUUCAUAUUGAACCAUUUCUCUGUGGUUCAUUUUAUAGAGCAUAUGCUGUUGUUACUGGUACAGAGUAUCUUGGAACUGAAAAAAACAGCUUCUUUUUCUCUUGCUUAAACAUAUUUUCAUUUACACCUUUAAAUCAGUGUGGUUGAAUGUUCAUUUCUUAAAACCCACUUCCAAGCUAGACAAAGUCUUAAAGAGCUGUUACACUCCAGUUUGGAGUUUUAUGACCCAUUUCUUUCUCUCAUGCCUUUACUUUUUGCAAUCACUGUGUAAAAAUACGGCCUUCAAAAUAGUUCGAUUGACAGGGAAAGCUAUGAAACAAUUACCUGUUUGUGGAUUAGGAGAGCUCAUCUUAAUGAUCUGGGAAUUGCAAUUAGUGGGAUUAACCUGGAAGUACAGUGAGAAAAACUUUCCAGACUUCCUGCUCAAGUGUAUGAAGUCUGUCUUACAUACAGAUAAAGAUAGACAGAUGUCACGUGCAGAUUAAGAUGGACAGUAGCUCUAUUGCAUCCUGUUUCAAGGGGGAGGAUCUCCUUCCUCAUGUGAAGAAGUAAUCUGGUUGGUGUAAUUGAAUUGACACAAACAGAAUCACUCCCUCUGCCAAGAGCUCUGAGCAUACAAUCAACAUGAGCUGCCCCUGUUUGAAGCUGCUCUGUUGUGUAUCAGAUCUGAGGAGCAGCAUUGUGAGAUCUGUGCCUGUCAAGAUAGCAGAUGUGCUGAAGUCAUCAUGGUUGCAACAUGCAGAACAUAUUUGGCCUUCCAAAGCCAAUGUUUUCUUGGCGUCUUCUUGCUGGUCAGCAGUGUCCAGAAUGAUACACAAAGUGCAGCCCAAUACUUCUGAGCUCCACAAAAGCUGUGAGUGUUUGCAUCAGGGCGCAUCAAAUCUUAUCCACCAAACACCUUUAAAAAGACUUAAGCAGUUCUUAAGCAGUUGUAAUUCUUUCUGAAGGAGAUGUACUGACUGUUGUAUCCUCAGGUGAGUUUUUCUGCUAUCAGUGUGAGAAUUUCCAGGUUUUCUGGCUGAAGACCUGCCGGUCCAACAGCUCUUGUAGACUGCUGAGGUUUUGGAUUGUUGUUACUAAAUUCAAGCUAACAGUUUGGAUAGCAGAGUAUCAUUGAACAAGAUUUUCCAAGAUUCUUCAGAAAGGUUGUAUUUACAGUUGUAAAAAACAGCUGGAGAAUUUCUGAGGUGAAAGGACAAGACAUGCAAUGUAUAGGGGCCUUCUACAAGAGAGUAAAGACUAAGUCCUUUGCUGCCCAGACUGCAAUCUGCUAGGGGCUCAAGCAACCCUGGUGGCAUAGCUGAGAGCACUCUUCUGUUCAUGUUUUGUGAUUUAGGGCUCGUCAAAUCCAGUUUCCCAGACCCAGCUUUGAUACUUUUUUUUUCAUUUAGUAUUUAAGAGUUGUAGGUCCCUUUCAGCUCAGAAUAUUCUAGGAUUCCAACUUGAGGGUGCCUAGUAGUGAUGUAGUUUGGUUUGUAAUCCAGUUUCUGCUGCUGUCCAGUUGAUGAAAAGCCUACACAUUAGUACACCUGAGCUUCUGCUAUUUCAAUAUGAAGUUAGGCUUGCAUAAAAAAGCUUAGACAGACAAACCCCCGUGGCUUUAAUUGUAACACCAAAUUCAUGUAACAAGUCCUAUUCAUUAUUCUGAAGGCUUCCUUCCAUUUUAACUUAUUUUUGCUAUGAUUUUCACCUCAAGACAUUAGAGGAAAUAAGCUUGUUGGCUUACUGGUUUGGCCUUCUGUUACUGAAGUUUCUGAGGUAGAUGAUAAAGGACAUAAUUACAUGACAAUAAAUUCCAAUUUCCAAUAAAUUAUAUCAGUAUCUGCCUUAUCUCUGGAGCUAGUGCACUAACUUCACCUGGUAUUUCCUUUAUUGUAUAGAACAUACUGUUGUAGGCUAGCCCCAUUAGGCAGCUAAGCCCCAGGCAGCCACUCACACACUCCCCAGGAGGAUGGGAGAAUCAUAGAAUCAGAAAAGAGAAGGAUGGAAAGCUCAAGGGUGGAGGCAUUUUUAUAGGUAAGGCAAAGGUUGUGAGCACAAGCAAGGGCAAUCAGCUUUGCAUCCUGCAGCUCAGAAAUUUUGCUUCAUGCUCUAUUUUCACUGGGCAGCUUGUGCUCUCUGGUUUCAACCAUUCAGUUUCUGGGAGCGCUUGUUUCUUGCUACUUUUCUUUGGAAGGUUAAAAAAAGUUCAGUAAAUCCAAGAAGAUACCUAAGGUUUCUUUCAUCUGCCACACUCACGGUCUGCAAGUAUACCUACCUUUUGACAAAGUUCUGCUCUUCACCUUAAAAAUACGUCUAAACAUUAACUUCAGGUCUUGCUUCUUACAUUUUUUGUGUGUGACUGAGUUUGAAGGUUUGUUUGGGAUGUGGGUUUUUUUUUUGUAACAAUAUUUUUAUUCAUGCUGCUUACAGGAAGGAGAUGCACACAAUAUAUAAACUAAAUAAACUUUUUAUUAGCAAGGCUCUUAACAUACAGUCUUGCAUUCAGCAGCUUAGCUGAUGAAAACAGUUUAAAGCAGAUUGAAUCACUCUAGGUACUACUAAAACUGUGGAUAGGUGCUGUAACCCUGCAUAAAAACCUGUUUAAUUUUCAGUUUAAUUCACACCAAUUUCAGCUGACUUCCCAUUUUCUACAUCAGCUGGGGAAGCCACAGGUUUGGUUUUUUUUGGAGAAGACAACUAAGAUAUUCACACUGUUGAAGUGUGAUUUCUAUUUCUGUCCAUUCACAUCUCUCAGUCUGUCCUUUUUUCUCCUACCCUUAACUCCCCCAUCUUCUCCCAGAGUGGUGGCGGUUGUGCGUCAGGGCUGGCCUCUCCUUUGUCAUUGCACCAGUUCCUAUAUGUGGAAACUGUGUUUGCAGUCAGCUUGAGCUCCUCCAUCCAGUCACCUCCCCAUCACCUUCCUCUGAAAUGCCAAGUCCCUCCCUUGUGUGAUAGGCUCUAUUCCAUGUUAAGUCCUAACUGAGACAGUAGCUGAAGCUUCUACUGUAGACCUACCUCUAACCCACUUACCCAUCUUGCUCCAGUCCAUGUUCUACAAAUGAUUUCUCAGUCCCUAUUUUUUCUGUCUCUCCCUCUCCCAUAAAACUGGAGGGAGUCUUGCACCCUCUUCUCUUGCUCUUUUCCCUUUCUUGAAUCAAUCCUCAGUCACAUUUGGCCACAUCUGGUUUGAGUCGCAAAUUCCCGAACUGAUUUUUGCUUGAUUUUCAAAUUCCAAUUGUGUUGAUGUUGUUCUGGUAUCUCCUUAGAAUUCAAGACAAAUGUGCCCAAAAAAUUAACCCUCUCUCUUCCUUACCAUUAUUCCUUCCUCUUCCUCUUGCCAUCAUCAUCACAUUCCAGUGAGAUUCCUUUGAUCGCCAUCAUCAUCACAUUCCAGUGAGAUAGUUACAAAAAUGCUACACAACAUUAGAUAUCUGACUACCAGCUCUCUCUACCACUUGCUUUAGCAAUCUGCCCCUACUGCUCUGCUGCAGCUUUUACUACUGGAAUCUGUCAGUCAUUGGUUUCAGUACCAGAUCCAUGCAAAACACCUUCUCCCUCAUUCUGAACACUGCAGCUCUCUGACUGCUUUUUCCUCUGCAGUUUGAUCCUUCAUUUGACUUGAGUUCCCUACUUCUCAAAAUCAAAAUAACUGACUUCUAGGUGACACUGGUUUUUUGCCUUCAGUCUGUAAUCAGUUUUCACACAUUAAGAUAAAACAAGCCAAGCAUGCAAACCACAGGAAUAUUUAUCAUCUAAUCAAAAGAGAGGUUUUGCUCACAAGUUGCUUACAGAAAAUGUUCUGUAUGUGUUUACAUUGCUCAUCAUAAAAAUAAGUAUGAUGCAAGCAUACUCCAGCAAAAGAUGAAAACUGACACUGCCACACACGAAGAAAUUA